AAAGAUAAAAAUGAAGGCCUGGGAGGGACCUUGAAAUUCAUGAUUCUUUCCUGCCUGCAAUGUCUCUGGCCAUUUGCCCAGAAGGAAACAGACUUGACCCAGGACGACCAGGCCCAGGACCACGAAGACAAGGGUGAGCAUAAGUGUGCCCCAAAGGUCGUGACAGAGUCCUGUAGAGAGUCCCCCAUCAGUGCAGACAUGGUAGAAAACAUGGUGAACCAACUGGUACCAUCUCUGCAGGGUGGGGGACCCCUUGUUUGCCCCUUCCUUCCUGUACGCAUACCGACAGUUCACCACCACACAGAGCAUGUGCUGGAUCUGCUGUUGAAGCGUUUUACAUACUUCUGCCUGGAUUGUGAAGAGGACGAACAAAUAAAGAGCGUUCUCUGUUCUUUCCUGGACUCAUGGAUAGACAUAUACCCUGAGGAGUUUUGUCAGACAGGAAACCUGUCCAUUCUGAAAAAGCUGAAGGCCUACUUAGACUGUGAACAUGCCCUCCUCCAAUCUGAAUCUCCGUGUCCAUAUGCUUCUCGAGGAGUUGCAGGAAGACGCCAGUGAGUCAGA